CAGGUUUUGAUCUCAUUCGCAAAUUUGGCUUGGAUGAUCAAGCUACAGCUUUCCAGGGAGUUAAGGUUGUUCGGGGCUCCAAUCGGAUGCAAAAAGCUUAUCGCUUGUCAAAGAGGACUAAUCUUGCCCUUCCAACAAGAGCUAUUUUUCCUCAAGGAAUUCCAGAGGAAUUUUCUUUCAUAUCAACUUUUAGAAAACGCAGUAAUCGAAAGGAUAGAUGGAGUUUAAUAAGUAUAUCAGAUUCAGCGGGAAGAACUCAAUUUGCCGUCAUUUUUGAUCCUAGAAAAAAAGAGCUCGAAAUGAUAACACUUAAUUUAGAAGGUGAAAUUCAAGAUGCUCGUUUCUUUGACAUCAAUGUGGAUGAUAAAGAGUGGCAUAAAAUUGACUUGAGUGUACGAAGAGAUAGAGUGACAUUAUUUAUUGAUUGUCAACCUCUUGGAAUUCAACCAAUUGAUAUCAGAAGACCCAUUGACGUUAAUGGAGACAUUAUGGUUACCAAGUUUGACGAUUCUAUGACUGUGCAGACAGAGCUUCAGUGGAUGGUGAUACAUUGUGAUCCCACAAGAUCCCAAAGAGAAACGUGCAUCGAAUUGCCAUUAAGGAAAAGAAACACUACCGUUUGCGAAGCUUGCCCGCCAGGUCCAAAAGGUGCCGAUGGAAAACCGGGUCCUCCGGGUUCUGCUGGUCUGCCAGGAGAACGUGGUCCUCAAGGCUGGCCUGGUAUUUCUGGAGCAAGAGGUGAAGCUGGACCUUCUGGACUACCUGGACGACAGGGCCCAUCUGGACCACCAGGAGUUGCAGGUUUACAAGGAACUCCAGGAGCAGCGGGCAGUAAAGGCGAAGUUGGAUUUCCUGGUCUCCCUGGCAAACCUGGUGUUAAAGGUGAAAAAGGUGACAUAGGAGAUACUGGAAGAGAGGGUCCCCCUGGACUCGUAGGACCACGUGGUCUUAGAGGACCCCCAGGACAGGGAGCGGGUGAGGCGGUUCCUGGACCACCUGGCGAACCUGGUCCUCCUGGACCGCAGGGAGAACAAGGCUUGCAAGGAAUUCCUGGAGUGUAUGGCUUAGCUGGGCAAAAGGGUGAAACUGGAGGAAGAGGAGACAGAGGGAUACCAGGACGUAGAGGUCUGCCUGGAAUAAAAGGUGAACCUGGAAUUGUCGGAAAACCUGGUCUACCAGGUCCACCAGGAGUUCAAGGUCCUCCAGGGGAACAAGGAGAGCCAGGUCCUAAAGGAAAACCGGGUGAAAAGGGCUCUAGAGGAGAUGCUGGAUACGAAGGACCACCUGGAUCGAAGGGUGAUAAAGGAGACAGAGGAGACGCUGGUUAUUCUGGAGGUGAUGGUCAAAAAGGUGCAAAGGGAGAUGAAGGCCGAACUGGAGAAAGUGGAUCGCAAGGGGAGAGAGGAUUUCCUGGUGUUCCUGGGUUAAGAGGAGAACCUGGACUUGUUGGAUUUCCAGGACCAGCAGGACCUGGAGGACCACCGGGAGUAUCUGGACCUCGAGGUGAAAAGGGUGAUCAGGGAGAACCUGGGCUUCCUGGAUCAGUAUCUCAAGCUGGAGACCCUGGAUUGGCAGGACCUCCAGGACCACCUGGUGAAAGUGGAACUGAUGGAACCAAGGGUGAACCUGGAUUGCCUGGAGCACCCGGUGCACCUGGAGUAAUGGGAUUGCCUGGUUCACAAGGUCCUCCUGGGUUUCAAGGAACUGAAGGUGCUAGGGGACCAAAGGGGUUAAAAGGUGACGCAGGACCUAUAGGACCAGAUGGAUUACAAGGACCUACUGGACCAAUUGGCCCGCAAGGAUUGCCUGGAGAACCUGGACCAAAAGGAGAUCAUGGCAACUCGGGUCUAAGAGGACCUGAAGGACCUCGGGGACUGACAGGACCAACGGGACCUUCUGGUGAAGUAGGACCUCCAGGUCCACCAGGCUUACCCGGUUUAACAGGAGCUGCAGGACCUGCGGGACCACCAGGACCACCGGGACCUCCUGGACCUAUGAGUGGGAUCGAAAUUUCUGAUUUCAGAGCUGUUGAUAAUUUGCCAGAAUUAAGGGGGCCAAGAGGUUACAAAGGUAUAAUGGGUCCAUCUGGUAUGCAAGGGGAACGUGGUCAACCAGGAGAUAAAGGACCCCCUGGAACUCCGGGAAAUAGAGGGAUGCCAGGUCCAUCAGGUGCACCGGGAGCUUCUGGUCAUCCAGGAAACAGAGGCCCACCAGGAAUGCCUGGAUUACCUGGACCACCGGGACGAGGUUUCAGCGAGGAAGAGAUGAGAGAUAUUUGUGCUUCGGUACUAAGAGAUAGUCUUGAAGAAUUGACUUCCAGGCUACAGGGGCCCCCAGGGCUACCUGGGCGUGGUAAAACUGGACGCUCGGGUCCUCCAGGUCCACAAGGAGCUCCAGGUGAUCCAGGUGUGCCUGGCCUACCUGGAGAAAGAGGAUUUAUGGGCAUGCCUGGUGUUCCAGGCCCGCAUGGUCCACCAGGAAGCAAAGGCGAUAAGGGUGAAAAAGGUGAUCGAGGACCUGAAGGCGUAGGUGUCGAAGGACCAAUGGGUCUUAGAGGUGUUCCAGGUCCACCAGGACCACCUGGUACAGGAGUACCUGGCAGACCUGGAGAUCGAGGUCCACCAGGUCGUCAAGGUACUAGCGGAGUAAGAGGAGCUCCAGGACCACAAGGCCCUCCAGGAUACUGUGAGCUUUGUAAUUAUCAGAAUUCAGAUCUCGCAAACUUUCUGCACCCACCUCAUUCUCAAGUUGAUAAGGGUAAUACAGAAAACGACUGAUUUUUCAAGUCUUUCGCUAAGUCAAUCACUGCCAAUUAUAUGGAAUUACGGACUAAGGAAAAAGUGAGAAAAAACUGAGUUUAGUACUCGUUUUUUUAUCUGCUCUAAUUUAUUCCGUCUGGAGUAUUGCAAUUAAAAAUAGCACAUAUUCCUGGUGUGCACUUCCUAAUUUAUCAAAUGAUGCAGUCUAGAAUAAGAGUCAUAAGAGCCGUCUUCAAAGAAUGCUGUUCGUAAAAAGAAUGUAGCUAUAUGGAACGAUUUGAACUCAAAAGUUUAAAAUGUUGUUAAACGGCUCAAAUGAAUCCGUUCUUUGGUUGCAUCCAAAAUAUAACUUUAUCAUCGAUUUUUAAAGAUUUAAUUUUUUUUUUCACAUUCAUCUAUGAAAGUGUGAAUAUAGUUUAAAAUAUUUUAAGAAUAGUAUUAGAGUUUGAAUUACUUUAACAGUUGUUUGAAAAAUUAUGAAUAAAAUCAAUCUAUAAUAUUUUCAAACUUUUUUUAAAUCGACGAUUUAUUUUUUGAAUUGUUUUUUAGCAUAAAGUUUAUAAAGCAUUUAUGUCCAAUUUUGCACAAUACUCAAUCAAAAUUUUAUAUGUCAUGUGAAAAUAAUGCUACUGAAUAUAUAUAUAUNAUUAAUA